GUUCGCCGAUGGGAGAGGUUCAUUUUUGUGGAAAUACUUCGCUUUUGGUGGGAAAUGUUUCCGGUGAAGUUUUAACAAAAUGGCGGAUGUACGCCAAGUAAAUCUUCUCACAUCCAAUAGUAAAUGAUUAAAUUUUUUGGAUAUAAGAACGAAAGUGAAAUUGUUACAAGAUGUAUUUAUACAAUUUGACAUUACAAAAGGGUACCGGUGUUACCCACGCCGUACAUGGGAACUUCUCUGGUGGUAAACAUCAAGAGGUUAUCCUUUCUCGUGGCAAAUCUCUUGAAUUGGUACGUCCAGAUUCGAAUACCGGCAAAGUACAUACUGUCUUGUCAGUAGAGGUCUUUGGAUGCAUACGUGCGUUGAUGUCAUUCAGAUUGACGGGUGGAACCAAAGAUUAUAUUGUUGUUGGUUCAGACUCGGGACGGAUUGUCAUACUUGAGUAUAACCCAGCUAAGAACUCUUUAGAUAAAGUUCAUCAAGAGACUUUUGGAAAAUCUGGAUGCCGGCGCAUUGUGCCGGGUCAAUAUUUCGCGAUUGACCCUAAAGGUCGUGCUGUUAUGAUUGGCGCUGUAGAAAAACAAAAGUUAGCCUACAUUCUUAAUCGUGAUACUCAAGCACGUCUUACAAUUUCAUCACCUUUAGAAGCACAUAAGUCGAAUACACUCACUUAUCAUAUGGUAGGAGUGGAUGUUGGUUUCGAUAAUCCUUUGUUCGCAUGUUUGGAAAUCGAUUACGAAGAGGCCGACAACGAUCCAACAGGUGAAGCAGCGCAACGCACACAACAAACAUUAACUUUUUACGAAUUGGAUCUUGGUCUCAACCACGUGGUGCGCAAGUACUCUGAACCAUUAGAGGAACAUGCAAACUUUCUUAUAUCUGUUCCUGGCGGCAAUGACGGUCCUUCUGGUGUACUGAUUUGUUCAGAAAAUUACCUCACAUAUAAGAAUUUGGGAGACCAGCAUGACAUACGUUGUCCCAUACCACGUCGACGCAAUGAUUUGGACGAUCCUGAUCGAGGCAUGAUAUUCAUUUGUUCUGCAACACAUCGCACAAAGAGCAUGUAUUUCUUUUUGGUGCAAACCGAACAGGGCGAUAUAUUUAAGGUCACACUCGAAACGGAUGACGAUGUGGUAUCUGAGAUAAAGCUCAAAUAUUUCGAUACUGUACCGCCGGCAAUUGCUAUGUGCGUAUUGAAAACGGGUUUCCUCUUUGUAGCUUGUGAAUUUGGCAACCAUUAUCUUUAUCAAAUUGCGCAUCUCGGCGACGAUGAUGAUGAGCCCGAAUUCAGCUCAGCUAUGCCACUUGAAGAGGGUGAAACAUUCUUCUUUGCGCCACGUCCACUGAAAAAUCUAGUUCUGGUAGAUGAAAUACCUUCAUUUGCGCCUAUAAUUACGUCACAAGUAGCUGAUUUGGCCAAUGAAGAUACACCACAAUUGUAUGUGUUGUGCGGUCGGGGACCACGUUCUACCAUGCGUGUGCUGCGCCACGGCUUGGAAGUCAGCGAAAUGGCUGUAUCAGAACUGCCAGGCAACCCUAACGCUGUAUGGACGGUUAAGAAACGCAUUGACGAUGAAUUCGAUGCUUAUAUAAUAGUGUCGUUCGUGAAUGCUACGUUGGUUUUAAGUAUCGGCGAGACCGUUGAAGAGGUAACGGAUAGCGGUUUCUUAGGCACAACGCCUACACUGAGCUGUUCCUCAUUGGGCGAUGAUGCGCUGGUUCAAGUAUACCCCGAUGGUAUACGUCAUAUACGCUCCGAUAAGCGUGUGAACGAAUGGAAAGCGCCAGGCAAGAAAUCGAUCACAAAAUGUGCAGUAAAUCAACGCCAAGUUGUAAUUACACUGUCAGGAAGGGAGCUCGUUUACUUCGAAAUGGAUGCGACUGGUGAGCUUAAUGAAUACACUGAGCGUUCGGAAAUGCCCAAUGAAAUAAUGUGCAUGGCGCUGGGUCAAGUACCUGAAGGUGAGCAGCGUUCUUGGUUUUUAGCCGUCGGCUUAGCUGAUAAUACCGUGCGAAUUAUCUCACUGGAUCCCAAUAAUUGUCUCUCGCCUUGCUCCAUGCAAGCGUUGCCAUCACCCGCCGAGUCGCUUUGCAUUGUAGAAAUGGGUCAUACGGAAAAUACCACGACUGGUGCAAAUGAUGAACCCACUGAACGUAGCGCCAACACGUCUACAAAGGGUACAAUUUACUUGAAUAUCGGUCUAAGCAAUGGUGUACUGCUGCGUACAGUACUCGAUCCAGUGUCUGGCGAUUUAGCUGACACGCGUACACGUUAUUUAGGCUCACGUCCAGUGAAGCUAUUUCGCAUACGCAUGCAAGGCUCUGAAGCUGUGCUUGCCAUGUCCAGUCGUACUUGGCUUUCGUAUUAUCACCAAAAUCGUUUCCAUUUAACGCCGUUGUCGUAUGAAACAUUGGAGUAUGCUUCGGGUUUCUCCAGUGAACAGUGUAGCGAAGGUAUUGUGGCCAUUUCAACGAAUACUUUGCGUAUUUUGGCUUUGGAAAAGUUAGGCGCCGUUUUUAAUCAAGUAUCAUUUCCUCUCGAAUACACGCCACGCGCCUUUGCAAUCCAUCCCGACACUGGACGGAUGAUUAUUGCCGAGACCGAUCACAAUGCGUACACAGAUGAGACGAAGAAUGCGCGUAAACAGCAAAUGGCGGAAGAAAUGCGCAUGGCAGCUGGCGAUGAGGAACGUGAGUUGGCCAACGAAAUGGCGAAUGCAUUUAUCAAUGAAAUUUUGCCCGAAGAAACAUUCUCUUCACCGAAAGCUGGUCUGGGUUUGUGGGCUUCACAAAUACGCGGCUUAGACCCCAUACAUGGUCAUACGUUAUUUAAAAUACCAUUCGUGCAAAAUGAGGCGAUCAUGUCCAUGUGCGUACUCAAAUUCAAUAUCGCUGCCGACGGUCGGUACUACCUGGCAGUAGGUGUGGCCAAAGAAUUGCAGUUAAAUCCGCGCAUAACAAAUGGCGGCUGCAUUGACAUCUACAAAAUUGAUCCGACCUGUUCGAAUAUUGAGUUUAUGCAUCGCACUGAAAUCGAGGAAGUACCAGGCGCUUUGGCUGGUUUCCAGGGUCGUCUAUUGGCUGGCUGCGGACGUAUUUUGCGUAUUUAUGAUUUGGGCAAGAAAAAGCUGCUCAGAAAAUGCGAGAACAAACACAUUCCCUAUCAGAUUGUCAACAUACAGGCGAUGGGACAUCGUGUCUACGUCUCAGAUGUACAGGAGUCCGUCUUCUUUAUACGCUAUAAGCGCGCAGAAAAUCAGCUGAUUAUAUUCGCUGACGACACGCAUCCACGUUGGGUAACGGCCACAACUUUACUGGAUUAUGACACGAUUGCCAUUGCCGAUAAAUUCGGAAAUAUGAGCGUGCAGCGACUGCCGCAUUCGGUCACCGAUGAUGUGGACGAAGAUCCAACUGGCACAAAAUCGUUGUGGGAUCGUGGCCUGCUAUCUGGCGCUUCCCAAAAGUCGGAGAAUAUUUCUUCUUUCCAUGUGGGCGAAAUUAUCAUGUCCUUGCAGAAAGCCACUUUAAUACCCGGUGGUUCCGAGGCAUUAAUAUACGCCACGCUCAGCGGUACUGUCGGCGCGUUUGUACCAUUUACCAGUCGUGAAGAUUUCGACUUCUUUCAACAUUUGGAAAUGCAUAUGCGUAAUGAGAAUCCACCGCUAUGUGGCCGCGAUCAUUUGAGCUACCGCAGUUCGUACUACACCGUGAAGAAUGUGCUGGAUGGUGACUUGUGUGAGCAAUAUUUGUCUAUUGAUCCGGCCAAGCAAAAGAGCAUUGCCGGCGAUAUGUUCCGCACGCCGAAUCAAAUUUGCAAAAAGCUGGAGGACAUACGUACACGCUACGCUUUCUAAGCUUUUUACUUCAUUUUCGCUGGUACUGUGGUAAUAAAGGAUUUUCUUAUUUUUAAUAGAGAUAAGUGGCGUACUAUUAAGAUUCAUCAUUCAUGCGACAUUUAAUUGGCGUUUAUAAGUUUAAUUGGCUCUAAUGUAUACUACAUAUAAGGACACUGCUGAGAUUGUUCAAAGAUCUCAACAGUAUUUUGUAAAUUUUUAUUGAAAAACAACCACUCAUGACUGCCCAUUUCAAGAUGAAAAAUAUUAAUAUAAUAAAUAUUUAUAGGUUAAGUUCGCUUGCUUAUUACUAGUGAAGCAUUUAUAUUUAUGUUUAGUAUGUAUAAUCUACGUGUGUAUGUUAGAAGCGACUGAACAACCUAUUAACUUAUCAUAAAAAUAUAUACAUAUA